UAACGAAUUCUGUCCAUUUCCAAUACACCCCUCUCCGUGCGUGUCACCCUCUAACUUCCCCCUUUCCCGCGAAAAUCUCCCUCUUCUUCAAACUCUUUAAUCUUCUCCCUUUAAUUAUCCCAAAAUCUGGAUUUCCCAAUCCUAAUUUCCAUUUUAGUAUCAAAUUUCUCUCACUUAAUUAACCAAAAUUGAUGAUUAGCGAUAUCAAUUACUUCUUUGAUCACCAUGCAAUUAUGAACCGGAUCGUUAAUCCUACAAUCAACUACAAUGUCGACGACUCCCGGUAAUCUCGAGCCUGAGAAAAAAAAACUAAAUCCGAUCGCCACCAGUUCACAUUCUUCCCACCGGAGCCAAGCGCCUCCGACGCCUUCAACGUCGCCUUCCGUUAAUCUGAAGCUAAGGAAGAUUCCUCCUAUACCGGGACACCAUCCAGUUGCUGAAGAUAGUCUUCCUGAUGAAGACGCUAAUGAGGAGGAAGAUCAUGAAAGCAGAAGCAAAACAUCGUUGACGAACGAGGCUUCAAUUCUCGGCCUAAACCAUAUAAGGACUCGUUCCUCUCCAUCACCUCUUAGGGCUUGCAAUUCUUUCGUUACUCCAUUUGAUGGAGUCGACAGCGUAGGCUCUAAAUCAUCCUCCGUUGUUCAACAUCCUGCUGGAAAUUCUUCCGAACAAGGUAAAAAAGUUCCAUGGAGUCAGUCAAGACCUUUGAAAGUGCCGCCACCAAGUAUUUCAAGUGCAGAGGGAAGUCAUGCAGCUUCUUCCAAGGAAAUGCAAUCUCCACGUUUUCAGGCAAUACUGCAAGCUACCAGUGGUCGUAGAAAGAGAGUUCCAGAUAUCAAAAGCUUCUCUCAUGAACUAAAUUCAAAAGGAGUCCGCCCACUUCCGUUUUGGAAGUCUCGUGCUCUAGGGCGUGUGGAAGAAAUUAUGGUGAUGGUUCGAGCAAAAUUUGACAAAUUAAAGGAAGAGGUCAAUUCUGACCUAGGCAUAUUUGCAGGAGAUGUGGUUGGGAUACUUGAGAAGACUUCAGAAUCUCAUCCUGAAUGGAGAGAGAGUUUGGAAGAUUUGCUGGUUACAGCAAGGCGUUGCACUAAGAUGCCACCAAGUGAAUUCUGGUCAAAGUGUGAAGGCAUUGUUCAGACUCUAGAUGACCACCGUCAAGAGUUACCUGUGGGAACCAUAAAACAAGCUCACACCCGCCUUCUGUUUAUUCUCACUCGUUGCACUAGACUUGUGCAGUUCCAGAAGGAGAGUGGUUAUGAUGAAGACCACAUUUUGUCUUUUCACCAACUUAGUGACCUUGGAUUUUAUCCAGAACGAAUUAGUGGAUCAAAAAGCCAGGACUUAAGUGCAAGAAGAGGUCAAAAGUUCCUAGGAUACGAGCAAAGCAAUCUGCCUGUUAAACAUGACCGCACAAAUGAAGUCAGAGAUACCUUGGCGGUUAGCACUGCAAAAAGUGUUGCUUCUUCUGCUGCAAACAGCUACAGAAUGUCGUCAUGGAAGAAGCUUCCUUCUGCAGCUGACAGAAGCUGCAGGGGCAAUGACUCUGUUGAAACCACCCCAUCCAAGGACAAGACUGAUAGUCUGCAACACAAAGAGGAGAUGGAUCAUUUUGGAAACACUCCAUUAUGCCCUCCUGAGAAUUCUGAGGAAACUUUAAAGAUUAAGAAGGUAAAUUGGGGAAUGUGGGAUCAACCUUGCUUGUCAUAUGAAGAUUCAUUUAUUUGUCGAAUAUGCGAAGUUGAAAUACCAACUGUGUACGUAGAACAGCACUCGAGAAUAUGUACGAUUGCUGAUAGAUGUGAUUUAAAGGGAUGGACAGUAAAUGAACGAUUAGAAAGGGUUGUGGAUACUCUUGAAAGAAUACUUGAAUCAUGGACUCCAAAGAGUACAGACACAGGGGCAGGAAGUCCUGAUGUAUCAAGAGGGUCUACAUUGAAUAUGCCUGAAGAGUUGAAUGCCUUGUUAGUCAAGCAGAAUGGCUUGUCUCAACGAUGCUCUGAAGACAUGCUAGAUUGUCUUCCUGAGUCUGAUAGUAGAUGUCUUCUGGAAAAUGUCAACAGCUUGACUGACACAUCUAAGAAACAGUCAUUAGCUGGGAGCUUAACACCUAGGUCACCUUUAGUGACUCCACGAACUGGUCAGAUUGAGCUGAUGCUGAGUGGACGCAUAAUGGUAUCUGAACAUGAAAGUUAUCAGCAGAUAAAUAAGCUAUUGGAUAUUGCUCGAUCAGUUUCCAAUGCAAACAACAAUGAUUACAGUACACUGGAAUACUUGCUUGACCGACUUGAAGACCUAAAAUAUGCAAUCCAGGAUAGGAAGGUGGAUGCUCUUGUUGUUGAGACCUUUGGGAGACGUAUUGAGAAACUAUUGCAGGAGAAAUAUAUAUUACUUUGUGGGCACAUUGAAGAUGAAAGAGUGGAACCAUCCAAUACCACAGGUGACGAGGACAGUUCAACAGAAGAUGAUUCAAGUCGCAGUAUGCGUGCAAGCCCUAUAAAUACAUUGUCCAAGGAACGAACAUCUAUUGAAGAUUUUGAAAUUAUAAAACCAAUCAGUAGGGGAGCUUUUGGUAGAGUUUUCCUCGCCAGGAAAAGGGCAACAGGUGACUUAUUCGCAAUCAAGGUUUUGAAAAAGGCUGACAUGAUACGCAAAAAUUCAGUAGAAAGUAUAUUGGCUGAGAGAGACAUUUUAAUAUCAGUCCGCAAUCCUUUUGUGGUCCGCUUUUUUUACUCCUUCACAUGCAGGGAGAACCUUUAUCUGGUCAUGGAGUACCUAAAUGGUGGGGAUCUUUUUUCAUUGCUGAGAAAUCUGGGCUGCUUAGAGGAAGAUAUGGCACGUAUAUACAUUGCAGAACUAGUUCUUGCAUUGGAGUAUCUCCAUUCUUUAAAUAUCAUUCAUAGAGAUCUGAAGCCAGAUAACUUGUUGAUUAGUCCAAGCGGUCACAUCAAGUUAACAGAUUUUGGGCUCUCAAAGGUUGGUCUCAUCAAUAGCACUGAUGACUUAGCAGGACCAUCAGUUCCAAGUUCUGCCUAUCUUGGGGAAGAUAGAUCCACGAUGGAUGAAAAUUCACUCAAAAGAGAACAGAGGCAGAAAAAUGCAGUUGUUGGCACACCUGAUUAUCUAGCACCCGAGAUACUUCUCGGCAUGGGACAUGGUGCCACAGCUGAUUGGUGGUCAGUGGGUGUCAUUUUGUUUGAGCUGCUUGUUGGUAUUCCUCCUUUUAAUGCAGAACAUCCUCAGCAAAUUUUUGACAAUAUCAUUAACAGGGACAUACCUUGGCCCAAGAUACCAGAGGAAAUGAGCGUAGAAGCAUAUGACUUGAUUAACAAGUUGUUGAACGAAAACCCAAUUCAAAGGUUAGGUGCAACAGGGUCAGGAGAGGUAAAGCGACUUCCUUUCUUUAGGGAUAUCAACUGGGACACACUUGCAAGGCAAAAGGCUACGUUUGUCCCAUCUGCUGAUGCACAUGACACUAGCUAUUUUAUGAGCCGUUACAUUUGGAAUCCAGAAGAUGAGAAUGUCAAUGGAGGUAGCGAUUUUUAUGAGUUGAGUGAGAGUGGCAGUGCUUCAUUUGGCAGCAGUUCAUACAGCAAUCCACAAGAUGAAGAGGGAGAUGAAUGUGGUAAUCUAGCAGACUUUAGUACUCCUUCCCUGAAUGUGAAUUACUCCUUCAGUAACUUUUCGUUUAAGAACUUGUCACAGCUGGCUUCUAUUAAUUACGAUUUAAUUGGAAAGAACUCUAAAGAAUCAGUAGAAGCUGCAAACCCAUCGGUUCCUUGAGAAAAAGAGAUUGCAGCUUUUGCAGUUACAUGCUGUCUCUCUUUGUUUCUUAGUGCUUGAGUGGCAUUUCCACGACAAAAAUGUGAUGGCAUCAACCGUAAUAGGAUCUAUCCUCCACCUCAGCUAAGCCCCCAGGUGAAGAGAUGUUGAUCAUUUGGUUUAAUAGGUCCGCGUCCUGCCAAAUUGAGGGUUGUGCUGCAAACGGUACCGCCUUGACAUUCAAUGAUGUAUUUCAAGCACUGAAGAGAUCUCAAAUGGUGUGGAAAAUAAGUAGAUACCAUUUAAUUGCACCCUUCCCUUCUCCUCAACCCCUUUUGUUAGGGAUUGUACAUAAGUGAUCUUCAAUAUGGUAAAAUUUUGCAGUUUAUCAGUGUUCAGGAUGAAAUGGCCGUUGAACCACUGACAAUGCUUGUGGCAGUCCAAAUAGUAGACAUCUCCGGUAUUCUUGACUUAGUCCCUGCUAUUGGGAACCCCAAGCCUAGAUUCUCAAAAUUUCAAUAUCAAACCCAAAUUCUGGGGAAAACAAAGGUAUAACCAAAUCAAUCUUGGGAGGCCAUCAAAGUUGCUCCUCCCUUACCAAGAAUAUAGUAUGUUGAUGGAAGAUGGAAGUUUUACAAGCAAUCAGCCAAUCACUGUGAUCUCCAGAAACUCUGAUUUCUGAUUGUUACUACAGUAGAAGACAUUUGCUGAAAUUUAGUUAUCUAACAGUUUAGUCCUCGGAUC